AUGCAGCUGGUUGGUAACAAAUUUCCUAUAGAUCCCGAUACGCCCAUAGCUGUCAUUACAGCAUGGUCGUAUAUGUAGUAUAUACAGUAUACAGUACAACAUGUAAUGGAUGAACAUACUGGACUUGAACUGGACUAAAAACCAUGUAUUUUAGUAUGUGAUAAACAAGUUAUUGUUUUUUAGCCUAAAUAAUUAUACUGAGAAUAUAAGAUGGAGUUUGGAUUUGAGAUGGCAGGUUCCAGACAAGGCUAAUGGUUUCUACGGUUUAAAGGUUUGUCAAAAGAUCAAUUUUAUUUCGGUUCUAUUUCUUUGUGCAAAAUUCACUUUCUGGCUCUACUCAAGUUUUAUUGUCGUUUGAUAUUAUUUUAUAGACCAAGUUAGGGCCUAUUUAUAUGGAAGCCGGGCUGGCCCGCUAAGGCCCGCGUUUUAUACGUCCAAUUUUGGUCUCGUCGAAUGCACAAUUAAUAAGGUGGCUCCCUACACUUUUUUAAAUUAAACGGAUUUUCGAGUUUGGAUAUGAUUUUCUGGACAAUUAUUACUUGUUUAAAAACGAAGAGUAUCUGACUGGCAUAAUACAAUAACUAUUAAAAGAGUUCGGAAUUUUUCAAAAGCUACUCCUAACAGCCGUUGCUAUGGCAACAAUGACAUCACAACAUGGCGGAUAUUUUAUGUUUAAAGUAAUUUAACUCGAAAAAAACUUCGGUGACCCCCAUUUUUUAUUUCAUAAAAUGAUUUCUAUUGGUAUUUUGAAAUAUUUUCAUGAUUUAAAAAAAAUGUGAAAAUUCGUAAUAAUUUUAUUUUGCCAUGAUUGAAUUUUUUAAAAUCAUGAAAAUAAUUCAAAAUACUAAAAGAAAUCAUUUUAUGAAAUAAAAAAUGGGGGUCAUCGAAGUUUUUUUCGAGUUAAAUUACUUUAAUUAAACAUAAAAUAUCUGCCAUGUUGUGACGUCAUUGUUUCCAUAGCAACGGCAGUUAGGAGUACUUUUUUAAAAAUUCCGAACUCCUUAGUUAUUGUGUUAUACAAGUCAGAUACCCUUUGUUUUUAAACAAAUAAUAAUUCUCCAGAAAUUCAUAUCCAAAUCAGAAAAUCUCUAAUUUUUAAAAAAGUGUAGCGAGCCAACUUUAGGACAAUAUAUAAUGAGAUGACAAACCUCGUUAAGCUUCAUUAUCUAUUGUUUGAAUUGCAUUCGAUGCGACCAAAAUUCGACAUAUAAAAUUAACAGGCCUAAGGGAGUGGUCAUUAUUUAUGGGGAGGGGGGGGGGAAUGGGGAAAAUAAGGAUUGAAAACUUUUUUGACCCCCCCUCCAGACUGAAGGCAAACUUUUUGUGCCUCCCCCCUCAUAAAAGUAGAAACUUUUCUGACCCCCCCCCCCAGUGUGGAUUGAAAAAUUAACAGCAAUGAAACAGGUGUGCGUUGCAGGUAAAGUUAGAUAUUAGGACAAUCUGUUUAAUCUAGCUCAUGAUGUUUUACCCUGGUGAAUAUGAUUCAACCAUAUAUGAUUAAAAAAUAUAUAUUAUGUGUUACUACUUUGCAAUGCAACAUUUGUCCUACCAUAACCCUAACUCAUGACCCGUCUUCAUACAGCGAAAUGAUUUGAACACAGGGUUUUUUUAAGAACUUGUCUGGGGGGUGGGCAUCUACAAAAAGGGACCAUACUACAUUGAGUGUGGAGAGAUGACAGAUGGUUGUUGGUGACAAAAAGUUUGGUGUGGUAUCAUAUGUACUAGUAGGGGGUCUGGGGGUAUUCUCCCCCAGAAAAUUUUUUGUAUUUUUCCACCCCUAGAACUGAAAUGUGAGCAUUACUGAAUCUGAUCAGUUAAGUGUACUUGCAUGGUAUGUUUAUGUGAAUACCACAACUGGGUCACUCAGGGGGUAGAAAGCUUGUUAAACUUAGUGGGCCCGACUCCCACGAUCACGAGGCGCUACCAUGGUUGGCGCCGAGCAGGGAAAUUUUGAAAAUUUUGAGUCUCUAGAUCGUUGGAAAUAGCAUUUUCAGAGUCUUUUUUUUGGUUAUUUGUGAAUUGUGAUUAUAGAAAUCAGAACUCUAGACAUGGUAUUUAAGUUCAAAAACUUUUAUGACCCCCCUUUCUCUGUGUUAAAACUUUUUUGACUCCCCCCUAUUUAUAAGGGUAAAACUUCGUUUGCCCCCUUCCCUCCCAUUUCCCAGUCGAAAUCACAUUCUUCCACCGUUGGGAAUUGCAUGGAAAACGAAACAUAAACAAUUCCCAACAGGGAAUUAAAGUUGAAUGUUAAAUUAUCUAAAAUGAGCUCAACUCGUCAAUCUUCGUCUUUGUGAGACAAUAAGAACGUCCAUUAUUAAUUGCAUUAAACAUGGUUCAAUUAACCACUGAACAGAGAACAUUCGUUAGCAGGCUCGCGCGCAUUGCUUUUGGAUUGAUUAACUUUGCAUAAUUAAUGUAUUUUCAAUUCCCAACGGUGGAAGAAUGUGAUUUCGUCCGACAAUUUUUAUUUAGCGGGUAUGUGGCCAGUUUCUCAUCGUUAUGGUUUAAAACUGAAAGGUAUCAUAGAAAAGCUAAAUAACAGUUCUUUGUCCUAUGUAAAAUUGAAUUGUUUAGCCACGUUUAUGAUGCACGACAACCUGUUGAAUUUCCAUAAACUCAUAGCGUUUUUUUUAGACACCCUGUAUAAACACUCGCAAGCGGGCUAGUCCGGUUGCCGUUCGAAGCUACCGCCACAAGCUAUUCAUAGUUUUAUAACAACUGUCCACUAACAAUGUCAAAACAACAAAAUUGUCCCGGCAAGCGGGAUGAAAUUUUCUCAUGUAAUGACAAGCUAGAGAAAUUCAUCCCCGGCUUACCGAGCUGUCUCGCUAUAAGCGGGCCAUCCCGGUGUCACAGGAUAUUUGCCCCCCCCGGGCCAAAUUUCCUGGAAAUAUGCCCUUCAAAGCCCCCUAAACAAUUAUAGUUUACUUUAUCUUUAGGCUCGGCCUCGUGAAGCUUCUACUAAAACCAAAUUUCGAGAAAUUUUUCUCAACAUUUAUAGUUAGUUUACCUGGAAUUAUAGUCACUGAUAAAGAAAUGAGCGAAAUUAAAAUAAAUUCAGUCCCAAUAAACACAAAACACCUGUGUAAAAAACACUAAAACAAUUAUUCGCUUCAGGCUCGGUGAUUAUCGGGGAAUAUUCACCUAGUUUCACCUUGACUUCGUCUCGGCGAAUAUUCCCCGAUAAUCACCUCGCCUUCGGCGAAUAUUAAUUGUUAAAUAAAGUCUGACCAUGGAUUGUAAAAUAACAAUUAGAUUUAUAGUUAUUUUACAAUCCAUGGUCUGCAUGACGUAUUUUUAACUAAUCAAAGGUUUGAGGGAUGAAAUUUGCAGCAAUUACAAAAGGGUUGGAAUAUGUUUGUAUUUAAUUUCACACCCUAACUAUUUCGCGAAUUGCCCACCAUUGCUAUUCAUUUUUGUUUGUUUAAUUAUAGGAAAGUAUUUUACUUCGAACGAAAAAGGAUCCUAACCACGUUGUUGACUGGGAUACGUUUUCUCCCUUGGAUCGCAGUAAAUUGCAAGACAACUAUGUGGAUGAAAAUACUGAUGUAGACAAGGUAUUUACGUGCAAUUAUCAUAUAUGAAUAUCUUAUAGAGCCGGUUACGUUGCAGAGUUGCAGGGACUUUUUAACAUUUGUUAAUGUUAAUUAAUUAGUCAAUUCUAUCCUGCUUUAACUUGGUGUUCUUGAGUUGUAGUAAUUUGAGUUGUAGCUGUUCGUCUCCUGUGCUUCGAGUGUUUGUCUCCUGCAGUUACUCUGGUUUUCCUCUUUCACCUCACUAAACCUUCCAUCUUAUAUGUGCUAAUCAGACGGGAAUGGUUGUAUAGCAAGAGGUGCCCUAGUAAGCCAUGGUCUAUUAUAAGAUAUGAUGGUCUGGAAUCCCAGCAAACUUCAAAGCCACAAAAUAGGAAACCUUUGUUUGAUGUUGAACUGUACCUCACCGUGCACAAAUCCUUUAUCUCAACUUCGUUAAAUAUUAUCCAUCGUGGCUGCACUUUCAUCUUGGCUAUCCCUAUUGGACGAUUACUUCAUUAUAUCAAAAUAUAAUGAACUCAAUCACCAUACCGUGCACAUGUUAACAUGAACUCAGACAAAAACAUAUAACAAACGCUUCUAUUUAGUUUCCAAACCAUCAUUUCUUGAUAGACUAUGAGUAAGCCUAUAUACUACUAAGCCUUUGAGAUGUCUGUCAUGUUGCCGCGUCCAUCGCAAUUAGCCACUCAGCUGCAAGGAAAAAUGAUUAUCAACCCACUACCUUUCCGUUUAUAUUAUCAAGAAGCGCAUCAAAAUUUGUCUUCAGGGAAUUAAAUAUUAUGUAAUGUUUUGAACUUAUUUUCGCCUAAAUUUUCACCUUUUAGAAAGAGUAUGUUGAAGAUCCUGAAUUUGACACAACUAUCGGAGGUCCGUGGAUGAAUCAUAACAAACACACAGUGGCUUUCAAGAAAAGUGCAGCUCAGUCUCUUCCAAUAAGAUAAAAUUGUAGACGUGUGUUUCCUAAGGGCCUGUUCAUAUGUGCCCAGCUAACCUGGAAACUCGCAUGAGUGAGAUCCGCCGAUAUGUCAUUGUUCCACUCUAGUGCUCAGGAAACAAAGAAAUAUACACUAUGUGCUUCAAUACGAUAUGGUUGAAGUGGAAAACGAC